UUUCCUAGAUUUCUGUUGGAGGCUCAUGAUUGCUUAUUGAGAUUUGCAGUCCAAUAACAUGGCCCAUACCACAAAUCUGAUAGGCUCCAAAUAUUAGCCAUAUAGUCCAACAACUCCGGCCCGAUCUCAUAAUGGCGCUGUUUGCGUCUGCUGCACCAAGUAAAGCUGUUUUCUUUUACCAAAGAAUUCCCGGGAAAACAAACAAGCACGAAAGAAGCACUACCAUUCGCAUUCUCAAGCUCGAAUCGAAUCCCCAAAACUCCCAAAGGUUGUGAAUUGCUUGACAAGAUGGCGGUUCGCACUUCCCACAGUCUAGGCCACCCAUUACUCGCUCCCAUCAAUGUGACUAAAACUCCCUCUCGAAACUGCAAUUUCUGUGUCCAGAAUGAGGCCCUAGUCAGUCUCACGAGCUAGUUUCAGAGACAAAUUACAAGCUUGGAAAGGAGCAUCAUAGUCUCCCAGUAGGAAAAAAAUGGAAGAGAUGAUGAAGACAUGAACACAUGAUCCUCUGGUUUGUAAAGGACCGGAAGUUUUCUGUUGAAGACGUUAAAUGGCGUCAAGAAUUUGGCGUGUCCAAAUUGACUGAAGAGUCGGUGAAGAGCGUAGCAGACACUGGAAAAGCCUAUGCGCAUGACUUUCUUGAUAUCUUUGAUAGACCAGUGCUCGUAGUGGUGCCAUCCAAGGACUUCCCUGGUGUGCAUGAUCCUAUUGAGAAUGAGAAGUUGUGUGUCUUUCUAGUUGAAAAGGCAUUGGCGAAGCUCAAUUCAGGGUAUUUGUUCCCUCUACUUAUCUGUCAUAUACUCAAUUCAGUUGUCAUUUUUUUAUCAAGUAUGCCUUUAAUGCUUCACAGUUCAAAUUUCUUUUUGUACGCUAAUGCUCCAACCUCUGCAGGCAUAUUUUCUGUUUAUCAUCCUUCAUCACAGAUGACACUGCUUUAACCAAUGUCAUGUUAGCCCAAUCUGUUUAUUGGCACGUAGUGCUGACUAUCAUCACAUCAUCCUAAUUCCAUUUCCCUCCUCGUCUCAUGACUUCUAUCUGAAUAUUUGAUUGACUAGUAAAACUAUGAACUGAAACCCAUUUGAAAUGAAUCAUUCUACUGCUCUUUGAUACUAUAUUCUGCUUUUCUGCACUUCUGCAUAUUUUUGUUUAUUUCAACUAAUCAUUUGUUUCUGAAGGUGAGAUUUUGCGCAGCGGAAACUGCAAGGAAGGAAUAUUUUGCAGAAGAAACUUUGACAGCAAACUUCAGAGAUUAAGGGCAUUCUCAGUUUCCAUCUGUUUGGCUUGAUUCUGGAGUUAUAAUACUGAUGUUCAAUGAUGAUUGAACUUGUUAGAGAAAGAAUAAAUUUAUAUUAUUAAUUUUUUUUUAUUAUUAUAUAUUAUAUUAUUUUUUUUUACACAAAAAAAAA